AUGGAUACGCAGUUUGUCUAUGACCUUUUAGGGGAAAAUGCUUGGUUAUACAUCAGCGCUACCCUCGUGGUGUUGUGGAUUAUCGUGUGGCUGUACAGAGACAGCCUGGAGAUCGAGGACAUCACUGACAAGUAUGUCUUUGUGACCGGCUGCGACUCUGGCUUUGGAAACCUUCUGUGUAAGAAUCUUGAUCGUAGAGGUUUCCACGUGCUCGCCGGCUGUCUCACAGAAAAGGGAGCUGAUGACCUGAAGAGGUCGGCGGGGCCUUGUUUGAAGACUGUCCUGCUGGAUGUGACCAGUCAGGACAGCAUCGAGAAAGCCAUGGAGUGGACCAAGAAGGAAGUCGGCGAUAAGGGACUUUGGGGUAUCGUGAACAACGCUGGACGCUCAUUACCCAUGGGUCCUUCAGAGUGGAUGAAAGUGGAGGAUUUCCACAGCACGCUGAAAGUGAAUAUGAAUGGAGUGAUUGGCAUGACGAUCACCUUCCUGCCCCUCGUCAAAAAGGCUCAAGGCCGCAUUGUAAACGUAGCAUCGGUGCUGGGCAGGGUGGCUGCCAACGGCGGUGGAUACUGCAUCUCCAAGUUUGCGGUGGAGUCUUUCUCUGACUGCCUCAGGAGAGAUAUAAACUACUUUGGAAUCAAUGUGUGCAUCAUUGAGCCGGGGUUUUUCAAGACAGCGGUGACAAGCCUCGACCCCCUCGAGAAGGACCUGCAUCGCCUGUGGAACCAGCUCAGCCCUGAAGUAAAAGCCAGCUAUGGAGACAAGUACCUUGAUAAAUACAUCAAGGUCCAGCGUUUGAUCAUGAAUGCUAUCUGCGACACUGACCUCACCAAGGUGACCAGCUGCAUGGAGCACGCCCUGACCGCUGCCUACCCACGAACCAGAUACAGCCCGGGCUGGGAUGCCAAGCUUGUCUGGAUCCCCCUCUCCUACAUGCCUUCCUGUGUAGUCGACAUCGGGCUGAAGCUGGUGCUGCCUCGCCCGUCAAAGAGUGUUUAACUCAUGAUGCCCUUGAAGAAAUGUCUUUAAAGUUAUCAGCCGUUUUGUGUCUUUUUAUGUCAUUUUGAUGCAGCGCAGAGGUUGACUUAAAUACAUUAAUCUGUUGCCUUUCAAAAUACCCGUAUUCCUUAUCUACAUCGGCCAUGCAAAAGUAUUUUUUCCCAAAGUCUGCCUGAGACAUUUAGACAAUAUGAGAGACAAUAAUAAAACUGUAUUGUAUAGUUUAAUGUGCAAUUAUUGUUUGUAUUGUUGACCCUAUGCUGUGACACUG